CUUUGGUGUCAAUCGGACACGAUAAAAUUUGCGUUAAGUUUAUUUAGUGUAGCCCAAAAAUUAAGAAUUAUUAAGAGAUGGAAGUUGACUGGGAAAAUAUUACUUUAGUUUAUGGUGGAAAUUGCACACAACCCGCAAUCGACGACUUCCCCAAAGAUCUUUUCACAGAGGAGCAGCGACGACAAGGUUUCGUCUUGCUGCAUGUGCUCGGAAGCCUGUAUCUUUUCGUUGCCUUGGCUGUGGUUUGUGAUAAAUAUUUUGUACCUGCAGUGGAAAAAAUUUGUCAUGCACUCAAUAUGUCAAAUGAUGUCGCGGGAGCAACGUUCAUGGCAGCAGCAACUUCUGCGCCAGAGCUUUUUGUGAACGUUAUCGGGACAUUUAUCACUGAAGGUGACAUAGGAUUGGGAACAAUUGUUGGAAGUGCGGUUUUUAAUAUUUUCGGGGUGGCGGGAUGUUGUGGAAUCGGAGCCGGUAUGAUUGUCCCGCUAGAUUGGUGGCCCUUGACAAGAGAUUGUCUUGCGUAUGGCAUGACAGUGUCAAUUUUAAUAUACAUCAUUCAUGAUGAACGCGUCGAAUGGUAUGAAGCAUUGAUUCUUGUCCUGCUGUAUUUUGUCUAUAUUGCCAUCAUGUACUACGAUAAAACGAUACAAAAAUAUGCGAGAGGUGGUGUUCGGCAUGCACAAAAACGUAGAUCACACGACGACACUCUUUGUUGUAGUUUUAAGUCAAAAUCCAAAGCAAAGGAAUUAGAAAUGAUUGAACAAGGUCAACCAUUGAAACAAGACCCAACGAAUCCCCAACACAAUGGCAGUCUGAAGAGCCUGCCACGAAUAGAAGAGCCUACGUCAAGUACGAAAAACGAGCCCGCAUCAUCUUCCGACAUCAAAACGGUUCCCAAACCCGAAAAAGAAGUAACACAAGACGAAUUGGCGGUAAAACAACCGUAUCUCGGUGCAUCGUCUGUCGAUUUGAGUCAUGGCGAAGAUGAAUACAAGCUCCUUACAUUUCCAAAAGGCAAGUGGUGGUUCACACAGCUGUCUUGGGUCUUAACUUGGCCAAUUUACCUUGUUUUCUACUUCACCAUUCCUGAUUGCGAAAAACCAAAAUUGAAAAAAUGGUUUGCAUUAACGUUCAUUAUGUGCAUCAUUUGGAUCGGAUCGUUGUCUUAUCUGGUAGCGUGGUUUAUAACUGUCGUUGGUGACACUUUGAGAAUUCCUGAUUCAGUAAUGGGUAUAACGUUCCUGGCUGCGGGCACAAGCGUGCCUGAAGCUGUUUCGAGUGUCAUUGUUGCAAAGCAAGGUCACGGCUCCAUGGGAAUUAGUAACUCGAUCGGAUCAAACACCUUUGAUAUUUUGCUAUGCCUUGGUUUGCCAUGGCUAAUCAAAUCUGCCUUUGUUCCGAUUAAACAAGGACAACAUUGGGUGGGAAUUAACUCUUAUGGCCUCCAAUACUCGGCGAUUUCGUUACUUGGAACACUCCUUCUUUUGUACGUCGCCUUCUACUUGAACAAAUUUCGACUGGAUCGUCGAGUUGGAAAUGCUUGUUUGAUAAUGUACGCCAUUUUCCUGAUUUCCGCAAGUUUGAUCGAAAUGAAUGUCUUCUUUACCGUCAAUUUACCGACAUGCGGACGAUGAUCAAUGUAGACAAAAAGAUAUUAGAGAAAAGUAUUAUGUAAGUCAGUAUUUGAGCCAAAGUAAGGAUAGAAAACCAAAAGCCUUUUUUCUGUAAAUAAAAUCCAAAAAUAUCAAAUGAGGUUCCAUGCCAUAAAAGAUCGCAAUUCGUCAGAAACUAGAAAAAGUUUAGUUAUUAUUUAUUUAUUUUUUAAGAAUUUUUUGUUUGAUACCCACAAUUGUUAUUCUAAAUAUUAAAAUUAAGUUAAGAAUCCUCUCUGAUUCCUUUCCUACUAGAAUUAGAUUUAUUGACGUGUUUUUUUUUGUGAGUUGUUAGC